CGCAUUUUAUUUCUAAACAUAACUGAAUAAUGCAUUGUAAUGAAAUGAAAUUUAUCGUUUGUUUCUAAACAGUCUAUGCUAACUAGUGCUUAAUAUGGUUAAUUAUUCUUAUUUUCUUAUAAUAAUAUGAAUGACAACAAUAAAAUCCGAAAAUAUGUAUAUUUUUCAUACAACGUCAAAAAAGUUCACAGUAUUUGUCAGGAGUGGGGUUCGAACCCACGCUCUCUUACGAGAACCAGAGCUUAAAUCUGGCGCCUUAGACCACUCGGCCAUCCUGACCCAGAAAAAUAUUGUUAAUAAUAAUCCAAAAUCAUAUGCUUUCAUUCUUUCAUUUUGUGUGAAGAGAUAAAUUUUGUAAAUAUUAUUUCUUAGUUGUUCUUAGCCAGGUAUAUUUGAAUUAAAAUGUCUUUAUGACUUUUUGAAUUUUUUUUUUUUCAUUCGUCAUCUAGAUUUGAUUAGCGUUUCGAGCGGCAAAAACUGGGGAUACCCUGUUCAUGAUGUCGGAAUGAAACUUGUAAACAUAAAAACGUGUCUAAAAAUAGUUUUGUUUUUUAAAAUUAAAUUAUUAUCCAUUGUGUUUAAGCUAUUUCCUUAUUACUCUUAGUGUAAAUGAAUACUUAUACAUAAAUAAAUCUUAAAACUAUGUUUGUUUGAAAAGCAAAAACUGAUUUACUAUAGUGUAAAAGUUUUAUGGAUGAAUUGCGUGGUAUCCAAGCGGCUCGGUUGAUUUAUUUAUUAAAGGUUAGAAAACCAUGCCUGGAAAAGUGAAGGUUCGCAUCCUAGCUGGCAGAAACCUGCCUGUUAUGGACAGAGCCAGUGAUACAUGUGAUGCUUUUGUAGAAAUUAAAUUGAGUAACAAUACAUACAAGACGGAAGUUUUCAGACAUUCACUUAAUCCAGAAUGGAAUUCCGAGUGGUUCCGUUUUGAGGUUGAUGAUGAAGAACUGCAAGAUGAACCUCUGCAAAUCAGGGUUAUGGAUUAUGACACAUACAGUGCAAAUGAUGCUAUUGGAAAAGUAUACAUUGAUUUAAAUCCUUUGCUUUGUAAAGAAGCUGGUUCUCUUCUGUCUGGGUGGUUUCCUAUAUAUGACACAAUGCAUGGUAUUCGAGGGGAAAUCAACGUAAUGGUUCGAGUCCAUUUAUUUAGCGAUUCAAAUAAAUAUCGGGAAUCUUCUUGUGGAGUACAGUUCUUUUACAGUUGCAGUAUUCCUUGGGGCUUCAGAGCUCAAGCCAUUCUUGGAUUUGUUGAGGAACUUGUGGUAAAUGAUGAUCCUGAGUAUCAGUGGAUUGAUAAAAUAAGAACUCCAAGAGCAUCCAAUGAAGCUAGGCAAACACUCUUUUCUAAGCUGUCAGGUGAAGUGCAAAGAAAAAUUGGAUUAAAAGCUUUGGAGUUGGGAGGCAAUGCUGUUAUAGGCUAUCAUCAAUGUUUUGACUUGGAAGGUGAGUCCGGUAUUGUUGUUCGGGGCAUCGGAACUGCUGUGAUUUUGACUAAAUCAGUUGAAGAUAAUGCUCCCUCAUCUCCAGCUGAAGCUUCGAGAGAGUCUCCAUUGCUGGAAGAGCAAGUUGCAAGUUCAGUUCCUGGUCCCAGUUCGCCUACUGAAAAGGUAGCUCAUUCUCCAGCAAAAGGAGCCAUCUCCUCUGCACACAGAAGGUCUUCAGAUUCUGAUCUCAGUACGACUCCAAAGGGAAGCAGUAUUGGUGACAAUGGUAGUGGUGGAAUGAGAUCUGUUAAAAGACCUGCUGUUGCACAGGAGAGUCUGAGUAUGCUGGAAUAUCCAUUCAUAACAAUGAGACAGUUCCCUGCUGAAUUCAUUCAACAUGUUGGAGGGGUAGUAUCAGCCCGCUCAGUUAAACUUCUGGUUCAAAUAAACAAUCCUGAUGAGCCUGAAACUAGAGAUGCAUGGUGGACAGAACUCAGGAAGGAAAUAAGAUCUCACAUAAGAGCGCUUGGAUGCAAUGUUGUCCUUGGUUACAUGGAAACUACUAACAUUAGUGAUGAUAUUUGUGUACUGUCUGCUUCAGGGACUGCUGCUGUUUUGAGUACUUCUGACUCAGAAUCUGCCAAUAUAAACAACACACCAGUUCUAGCCAUGAGUCUCCAACCACGUCCUAGUUUAGUUACAACAUCUGUAACUUCAGAUUAUGAUAAAACUAAAGAUACAGUGAAAGAGAAGGAAAAACCUUUAAAGAUUGAUGUGAAUCUAGCAAAUCAAGUGAAGCAGACUCAUUUGCAUGACUGGGCAGAUGAUACAAGUAAAUCUUCUGGUUGUAGAAUCUGUCACAUUCCUUAUUCUGAGUCUAGCAUUCCCUUUCCUACUAAUUUAGUUCGUUGCAAUGUGUGCAGGAAAGCUAAAGUUCCAGAUGUAUUAUUUAUGACUAUUGAGCCUCCACCGAAUAUAGUUGUAAAUGGCAAAAGUUGUCUGCUCCAAGCUAGAGUAUGCAAAAGCAAAAAAGAUGGCAAAGGAGAACAAAAUGCAAAAGAAAUAAGUGAUAGUUUACCCUUUUUAGAGUAUGAAUUACAUCGCCAGCUACUCAACAAACUGAAGGUUAAAUGCAUGAAUGCAAUAUUUGGCCUUAAGGUUCAAGUUUCUAUUGGAGACAAAUUAAUCAUUGGCAUAGCAACAGGUACAGGUGCUUACUUGUCAGCUUUACCUCCUCCAAGCAUUCCAAAGUUAGCAUGCGGAAAGAGUGCUGAUGAUAAAAGGAUGUCUGAAAUUCAGAAACAAAUUCAAGACGCUAUGGCCAAAAAUAAAGAAUACUUUGGUAUUAAAAUACCGUCCACUGAUACCCAUGAAUCUCAAUCACUUGGAAAGAAUGAUGAAGGUAAUAGCAGUGGUGAUGAAGAUUUGCCUGACCUGGAUCUAUCAGCUGGUAACAAAGAUGCUUGCAUUUUAGAAGUUGAUGAUGCAGAAGAUGUUGACAUAAUUGCUCAGUUAAUUGAUCCUAAAGUACCUCCAGGAUUUGAUUUAUGCAACACAGAAACAUUACCUGGAGUGGAUAAUUUUAUUUGCAAUCUUCAGAUGUUUACUCGCAUUUAUCGCACAAAGUUUUGUAACGCGGCAAAUGGUACUCAAGUUUCAAAGACCUUUGAAGCUGUCAUAAAGAGUUUAUUUGUCAAAUUAAGAAGGCUAGUACCUUGUUGUCUUACAAAUCUAACAUUUCAAGUGGAUCUUGUUGAACAAGAUGAACUGCAGGUUACUGUUCUGGGCAUAGCUGUGGGACUUGGAGACUCAAAUUUACUUACAACUGUCAAUAGUAUAUGCAAGCAAAAGAAGCAUAGUGCCGAUUCAGAAAUGAUGUUUCCCAUGGACGAAGAUAAAACUGCAGAAGGUUCCCUUUCUUCAGGUCACUACAGAAAAUCCUCCCUACAUGCAAGUGAUAGGAGCUACUGCUAUCAUCUGUCUUUAGGGGAGCAUAAUGGAGUUGACAUUACUCCAUUGAGUUACAUACCUGGAAAAAAAAUUGAACAGUAUCUAGGAGACCUUGAUUUUUUCUUCAUCCGUGAGAGCAGCAGUAUUAGAGAAAGUGGUGGUCUUAAUGGUUUUAUUCAAAGUUUUGUUGCUGAAACCCUAGCUAUUGUGAGAGCUCAUGUAUCAGCACUGGGUGGAAAUGCAAUGGUUGGGUUCCAUAUAACUCAGUGUAUUUUAUUGCAUAACCCUCAUAAAAAUCAGGGCCAGUGUUUGGUGAAUGUUGCCGGUGAUGCUGUUUCAGUUCAUAUACCAGUUACACAGUAUGCAGAUUUAGAUGAUUCAAAAGUAGCACAUUUUGAAGUACAAGAUUCAUAUGGUCCUUAAAAAAUAAUUAAUAAAUUGUAUUAUACAAAGUAUGAUUUUCAUCAUAAUACCAGUAAGAUAUGUUGCUAUUUUUUUCUAUAAAUUUGUAGGUAUUGUGAAAUUUUCAAGUGGGAUAUCAAAAGUACAAAAACUAAGAGUUUUAAUUAUCCCAAGGAACUGUAUAUUAUUAGAAAGUAUUUUAUAUAUAUAUAGCUUAAAGCAAGUAAUAUUUAAUCUUUUUAAACAUAGAAUUCAUCAUAACAUAGAAAAAACAUAGAAUUCAUCUUGUUUAAACAUAGAGGCUGUUUCAAGCCGUGUUCAAUGAUUUUAUUUUUAAUUUUCAUGAAGUUUUGUCUGAAUUUCUUAAUUUAUUGUAAUUUAGGAAUAUAAUUAUGGAAGUACUUAAUUUUUGUUGACUAAUAUUACAUGAACAUUUCAUAAAUGUAAUUUUUUCUUAUAUGACAUAUAUUGUACUGGAAAAUCUAAAGUUCAAAUUUUGUUUGACUUAAAUAUUAAAAAGCAGUCAUAUUAGAAUGGAUUGGUUUUCUCAAAUUCAAAAUGUACUUAAAAUUUUUAUUAAUAGAAAGAAAUUUUUAUGUGAAAGAAAUCAUGUACAAAUAUAGCAUAUAUAGAAAAUAGUAUAUAUAUUCUUGCCUUAGAAAUAAACAGGGAUAAUAGUCUUCCCUUGAAAAUUAUUUCUUAUUUAUAUUUUUUUAAAUAAAAGAUUGAUGUGUAGAGGGUCCUUCCUCCCCCCAAGAUUGUUUUUUUUUUUUUAUAUAUAAUAAAAUUUGUAGCAUUAUAUAAGAAUACAAAGCAUAAAAACUAUCAGAGUAUUUCACUUUAUAAUGGCUAAAUUCAUGGGGGAGGGGUUUGAGUGGCACAUGUAAAAUACUGGAGUUAUUUAUAAAAUAUUUAUUACAUUUCAUUUUUACUGUAUUUAUUUACAUUACAUUUUUAAUAGUUUUUUGUACUAUAUUAUUGUCAAUACUGAAAGCUAUUUUAUUUUUAUGCCAACUAAAAUUAAUACACAGAAUGUUUACUGAAUUGAAAUCACGUGACUUUGGCUGGUCCAUUCUUUGCUUUGGUUUGGCAUCAAAUCUAAAAGCUGAAAACUUCUUUUUAGGGAUCUUCGAGCGUGCAUUUUUCAAAAUAAUCAAUCUACUAUACCAUGACACAUGUACAGCUAUCAGCUUGAUGCAAUAAAAAUUUCAGUUCAUCAGACCAACAUAACAUUCUUCAAUGACCAAACAUAUGUUUUCUUGCCUACACUUUGUAGGCAAGAAAACAUAUGAUUUAUUUAUAAACUAUUGAUCUGAUAAUUAUUAAGUAAUGACAGGUUUCUAGU